AUGACAAAACCCAAUUUAAAAAGUACAAGCAAUGACCGUAAGAUGGCACUACAAGUUAUAUGUUCCAAAUGUAAGCGCAAGGUUGACUCAAAAAAUACAAUGUUAUGCUCGCUAUGCCGGAACAACUUCGAAUUUGAUUGCGUCGGAUACUCGGAGAGACUAUACCGCUUAAAGGACGCAGCAGCUAAAAAAAAUUGGAAGUGCAAAGACUGUAGCCAAAAAUCAAAAAGGACUUCGACACCUUACUCCGCCUUAUCCCAUGUAACCACAAGGAAAAAUAAAACUGCAAAGAAAUCUGACGAAAGCCCUUCUACUUCUAGUGCACUUUUUAUGCCGACUGAGAUCGAAUCUUCAGGAAUGGCGUCUGCAAGUAUUUUAUCGCAGCUGGACGAAUCAGAAACAAUGCAGGCAAGCAUUACUCAACUGAAUGCCUCACCAAUAAAUCAAAUAGGCGACUCACAAGCAUUAACUUCAUCUCAUGAUUCGUACGAACCUGAUGACUCACAUGUGCUGACUACCUCCCGCGACCUGAGUGAGUCUGCGUAUUCCUUUCAUAAACCACUAUCAAAAAGCUUAGACCACACUAUAACAGACUCUAUGGCAGUACAGGAAAUGAAGGACACAAUUAGCCGACUCCAAACGGAAUAUACCAUACUACAGAACGAAUUCGAAAACAUAACAUUAGAAAAUAACGAUCUCCGACAGAAAAUAAUCAAAUUGACAAAGGAAAAUAAGACGUUGACAGCCUUAUGCCAAUCUUCACAUAACGUUAGCCAAACAAUCCAGAGCGCCGAAAAAGGUAAUAGACGUUCCAAACCACAGUCAGAAGUAUCUUCUCCUCUCACUUCUCACUAUCACACUGGUUUUAUUUCUCCAGCAUAUAGAAAAACAGCUGGUACCAACAACAUACCCGUGGCACUCCAACUAAAAAUUAAAGACUUAGAGAAACAGCUUAAAUAUACUGAAAACCAGGUAAUUUGUCUAAAACAAUAUAUAAAUACUCUGGAACAAAAAUUGACAUCAGCCUUGGACAACACACAAACGCCUUUACAGGCUAAAUCCACGAGUUUAGUAUGCGCUGAUAAAGAAGAUGAUAAGAACCGGUUAUACAUCACAGGAACUCAACGCUGCACCGGUCUCGCCACCGCCCUAAUUCAGUCGCGAGCGAACACGCCAUACGAGAAAUACGUCAUCACAGCAAUAACAAAACCAUAUGCACCGUCCGCAGAUUUUAUCGUGAAUAUUCGAAACAUAAAUGUAAAACCGAAAGACAAAGUUAUAAUCUGCAUUGGCGAAAACGACUAUGAUAUUAAUAUACUAUCAUCACAGCUACGACGGUUUCUUAGAUACUUUCCUGAUAAUGACACAAUUGUAUUAAAUAUAUUAACAAAUAUAUACCUAAGUGUUACUGACAUAAAUAAAACUAUAAAGAGAAUUUGUAAUGGACAUCAAAAUUACCAUUUCGUUGAAUGUAAACACAGGAAUCCUUUUCAAUUAUGUAAUUCGAUUAAUUAUUUGAUAGAUUGCAUUGACUACGAAAAUGAAUAUCUAAAUCCCAAACAAUUGAAAAAAAUAAUAGCACGUAGUAAGCCAGCGCCUGAAAAAGCUCUCUCUAAAGUGGUACAGUAUUUAAAGGGAACAAUCCCGUACUAUUUUUCCAGGGCUCGAUCGGGGGCUAAUGCCUCUAUUAGUGGAUCUGAUGCCAAUAGGCAAACGCGUUUAACUCAAAGUACUUUACUGCAUUUUUUUCCAAAAAUAGAUAAGCCUUUCUUUCGUGCCUCACAGUAA